GGAUCCCUUCGAGAGGAGCCGUGUGUCCUGAUCCCAGGCUGCAUGGUCUCGGAAUACCAGGAAAAGUACCCUGCCUACUGCACCACUGUUGUCCGGGCAGCCAAGAAGCAGAAUAAUGAGUAUCAGCCACUGGAGGGAAGGAUAUCCAACAUGACCACUUUCAAGUCAGACUACGUGGCCCAUGAAGUGACCCAGAGGCCCCCAAAGGUCACCAAGGUGUAUGUGCCACCUGGCGGGAGAAUGAGACACAUCAGCACCUACGCCAGGGACUACCCAACACACCCUGUUCAGAAGCACAUCGUGACCAAGCCGGAAGAGUAUCAUCCGCCCACAGCAAAGAUGGUCGCUCAGUCCUUAUACAAAGGGGAAUUCCGAGCAUGGCACAACCAGAAAGUCCAACCCUACAGGACCUGUGACAACCUGAAGCUGAACGACAGCAAGUUUGAGGUGACCACCACCUUCCAAGACGACUACUGCCACAAGGGCCCGGCCGAGGCCAGGGAGAGCUUCAAACCGGCUGCCGACGCCCGGGAGACCCUGCCUUUUGACGGCGCCACCAACUACCAGACGCAGUAUGUCCCCCACCCAGUCCAGCCCAGGCAGCCCAAAGAGAGGGCCGUCUACAGGCCCACCAGUGCCCCCCUCAAUGGGGUCUCCACCCACAGGCAGGACUACCGGGGCCUGCCAGCUGAGCCCGCCAAGCCCUUUAGGGCCAAGGUGGCCUGGGAGAGCAGCCCGGCUGUAUUCCAGGGGACCAGUGAGUUCCGCGACCAGUACAAGGCCUGGCCCCUGCAGCCCAAGCACCGGCACCAGGCUGAGGAGUACUGCCCACCCGAGGGCACUAUGGUCGGUCUGUCCACAGCUCAUGCUGACUAUGUCGGCCACGAGAGCCAUCAGCGGCCCCAGUCCGCCCGUCCCCCUUUUGAGGCCUGGACAAAGGAGGCCAGACAGCCCCUCCAGACCAGAUCCACCAUGAAAGAGGACUACCGUACCUGGGAUGUGGUCCGUCGUCCCCCCAUGGUCUACGCAGAUGAGCUAGAGAAACCCAAGGGGGCUUUUGCCAACACCACCACCUUCCGCUCAGCAUACACGCCCAAGACGGCCCAGCGCGCCACCAGCUUUAAACCCACCCAGAAGCUAUUGAGCCCCCAGACCAUGGAUGAAGACUCCAUCUAUCGCUCCACCUACACACCCAAGGAGAUCCCUCCUUGUCCAGCCCGGGAUGGCUGUCCUCCUGGCUUUGAGUACAGCUCCAUGGGGGCUGGAGGACACAGGCUGUACCGAACCAUCUCGGUACAGGAAACGGGGCUGAGUCAGCUGGCCGCUGCAACGUCCGAUAAGCCCUCUUACUCCCACAGCAGAAAGAGCUGCAGGGUCCCCAGCCGAGCCAAGAGGGCGCCAUAG